AAGAAGGACAGGGAAGUGCCCCGGCAAAGCUUUACAGACCCACACCGCUGGAGCUUCCGGGUACGGCUUCUGCAGCUGAUGCGCGUGCGCGAAGGCGGUCCUCGGCGCGGCUUGGGAUGGCGGCUUUUCUAAAAUUCCUAGACGGCAGCGGCGUUUAAGGGGCGGUUUGGACUCAAUUCUAGCGUGGCUGCCACGCCAGCUCCCGGCACCUUCCAGGACGACGACUUCUGCGGCUCCUCUCGGAGCUGGCACCUGACUGUGAUUGAGCUCGCAGUCUCUCAGGUACCUGAAUAUUGACUUUGUAUCUGAAGCUUCUGGAACUUUUCUGCUUACUGAGAUAUAACUUGGGUCAAACCACACUGCAUAUAGUAUAUAGCACACAGGUGCCAAGCCCAAGCUUGAGAAUUAUUGGAAUCCUCUGGAAAGAUGAAUUUGAACUACAGUGGGAUUCUGUCUGGGAUGAUGCAGCCUCUGAAAGAGCUGAUGGCCAUCUCAAAGCCUCAAAACCUAGCUCUGUGUGAACAAAGUGAGGUCCUGAGAGCAGAUGUGUCUUGGCAGAAGGACACCAUGCAAAUAAUGGAGAUGUAUGACUCUGAGGCCUCUCGUCAAAAGUUCAGACAGUUCCAGUAUCUCGAAGCCGCUGGGCCUUAUGAAUCCCUAAGCCAACUCUGGAAGCUCUGCAUUCAGUGGCUGAGACCAGAGAUUCAUACAAAGAAUCAGAUAUUAGAGUUAUUGGUGCUGGAACAGUUCCUCACAAUUCUCCCUGAAGAGGUCAGGACUUGGGUGAAAUUACAACAUCCAAAGAGCAGCGAAGAGGUGGUGACCCACUUAGAGGAUGUGAUUGAAAUGCUUAAAGAUGAAGAGCUACCCUGUAAGGAUUCUAUCCUCCAGAAGGAGAGCAUCAAGGAGGAGGAAACAGAAGCUGACUCAAUGACAGGCAAAUCCCAGGAACCAGUGACAUUCAAAGAUGUGGUUGUGGAAUUCACCGAGGAAGAGUGGGGACAACUGGACCCUGCUGUAAAGAACCUGUACAGGGAUGUGAUGCUGGAGAACUACAGGAACCUGAAUUCAUUGCGUAAAGAGCGUCUACUUUCCAAACCAGUUGAGAUUUCCAAGUUGAAGAAUAAGGAAAAACCACAGAUAAUGGAGGGAGAAAUCCCAGGAAGGACUGUUUUUGACAGGGAGACUAUUUCAGAAAACCAAGAUUUAGUUCAAAAGCAGAGGAUUUCUGGAGAAGAAUCAUCCCAUGAAGUGAUUAUGACAAGCAGAUUCUCUUCCUUAGAUGCCUGGAAAGAUGAUAAUUGGUUAUAUAGAAACCAGAAAAAUUGGGACAUGUAUUUGCCACAGGAAACUUUCAUUCAGAAGACAAUCCACACUGAGGAGAGAGACUUUAAAUGUGCUGAGUAUGAGAAAAGCUUUAAUGUUAAGUCGGUUAACUCUAUUUGUGAUAUACAGCAGGGAAUGCCUGUGAGAAAGGGAUUCCCAGAGUGUAACAAAUUUAAAACCAAUUUCAGAUAUAAUUUAGACUCAGUAGGUAAGCAACAUUCAGAAUAUAAUGAAUGUGGGAAUACCUUGAAACAGAGUACGGAUAUUCUACACCAAGAAACUCAUACCACCAUGAAUUCCUAUGAAUGUUAUCAAUGUGGGAAAGUCUUCAGCCGGAGUUCAUCCCUUAUUCGACAUCAGGUCAUUCACACAGGAGAAAAACCGUAUAAAUGCAGUGAAUGUGGGAGAUUAUUCAACCGACGAACAAACCUUAAUAGACAUCAGAAGAUUCAUACUGAAGCAAAGAUCUAUGAAAGUAAUGGAUGUGGAAACAAUUUCAGUAAGAAUGAAGACAGUAACAAAAAUCAAGUACUCCAUUCUGGAAAUAAACCCUAUGAAUGUGUUGACUGUGGAAAAUCCUUCAACCGGAGCUCCUCCCUUAUUCGACAUCAAAUGAUUCAUACAGGAGAGAAACCAUUCAAAUGUAAGGAAUGUGAGAAGACCUUCUUCAGGAGGCCAAAUCUUAUGAAACACCAAAAACUUCAUGCUUGAGAGAAGUACUGUAAAAGGAAAAAACACAAGAUUGCCUCCAGUCAGAAGGCAGAACUCAUUCAGCUUCCAUAAAUUCAUGCUGGAGGAAAUCCUAUGAAUAUACAGAAUGUAUGAAAAUGUUUGCCAGAGGGAAUUCUUUAAUUGAUGUGAUAAUAUUGGAGAGAGGCCUGUUAUGGGACAGAAAUCUGUUUAAGGAAGUUAUUCCAGGCUCCCAAAUGAAGACACAAGGAUCUACAGUUAAAGCAUAUCACCAUACAAGUUUUUGUUAUUAUUCUUAUGUCCAUUAUCCUCACUUUUCCUUAAUUGAUACAUGGGAUCUAUAAUAUGUAUUCAUCUGAUCUACUGAUGAAGUAGACAUUAGGGAGAAGCCAAGCAAUACCCUAAGAAUUGAUGUUUAAUAAAACUGAAACUUUCCUUUAUAAAAGAGUCACAAGAAAACGGGGUUCAUGAGAACAUAGAAGGACACUUCUAAGGAGUGAAAUCUCUGAAUUAAUGGCAAAAUCCACAGUGACAGCCAUUUACUCCACCCCUGAUUAUAUCCUGGGUUGUCCUAGUAGAAACUAGGUGGAAACUAGAAUUGGGAAAGGGUUAUCAACUGCAAUGGAAGAUAGAUUUACUGUUUUUGUUCAUCUAUAUAUAUUCUUUAAAAACUGCAUUAAAAAGAAAAAACUCUUUUGGGAUCUAGGCUGGAGAGACAUACAUAGCCUUAGGUAUAUCAUUUAUCCCAGACAGUGUAAGAUCAAUAAAGUGUCCUAAUACUCUGUGCAAUAGAACUGCUUCUUCUAUAGGCUACCUUAGGAUCUUAAAGGGAUCUUGGGCCAAAAAACUUGCCUUAAGCUACCCAAAAAGACUCAUACUGGAGACAUUCCCAUUGAAUGAAGCUGGUGGCUUUCAGUCAGAGUUCAUACCUUAUUCAAAAGCAGAAGAGGUAUACUGGAGUGAAUCUCUAAGAGUUAAUAAAUGUGGAAAAUUAUUCUGUGUUCAUUUAUUCAUCCUUUACAUGACAAGCUGUGUUGGGACAAAACACUACACAAAUAAUUGAUAUGGAAAUUCAUAUAAACAUAAGGCAAAUUUUAGUGGAUUCUAACAAGGGAAAAGCACUCUGUAGGAAAUUCUUGAGGUGUAGUUCAGUCAUCAUCGAAUCACUUAUACUGAAAUGUUAAAUAUGAUGGAUUCUGACAUUUUCAUUUUAGGUAUUCUGAGUCGAUUAUUUCACUUUUUUAUUAGUUGUGAUUUUUAGCUGUGUGGUAGAGGGGAGAAAUAUUAGAGAGGAGGGAUGAUAAAGAAAAAAACCUACAAAGCAGCUGAAGGAUGUGGGCAUGGCAUGUUCAGGAAACAAGCUCACUGGGUGGAAUGUGGCAUUGGAGAAGAAUAGAGCAGGAAUACAUAGGAAUGAAGCUAUAGGGAGAUUUGAGAGCUAGAUCAUAAAAGAUCUUGUAUGUUUCCUUAGAACUUUGAAGUUUAUCCUAAAAGGUAAUGGCAAAGGGUAGAAUUCUUGUUAAUGCCACAAUUGUUGUUGUUAGGUGCUCUUGAGUCAGUUCCGACUCAUAGUGACCCAAUAUACAACAGAAUGAAACACUGCCCAGUCCUGUGCCAUCCUCCUGAUCCUUAUGCUUGAGCCCUUGUUGCAGCCGCUGUGUCAGUCCAUCUCGCCCAGGGUCUUCCUCCUUUUCACUGACCCUCUACUUUACCAAGCAUGAUGUCCUUCUCCAGGGACUGAUCCUUCCUGAUAACAUGUCCAAAAUAUUUGAGACAAAGUCUCACAAUCCUUGCUUCUAAGGAGCAUUCUGGCUAUACUUCCAAGGCAGAUUUGUUGGUUCUUUAGGCAGUCCAUGGUCUAUUCAAUAUUCUUCACCAAGACCAAAAUUCAAAGGUGUCAGUUCUUCACUUUUCCUUAUUCAUCGUCCAACUUUCUCAUGCAUAUGAAGCGACUGAAAAUGUGAUGGCUUGGGUCAGGCACACAUUAGUCCUUAAAGUGACAUCUUUGCUUUUUAACACUCCAAAGAGGUCUUUUGCAGCAGAUUUGUCCAAUGCAAUGCAUCAUUUGAUUUCUUGACUCCUGCUUCCAUGCCAUAAUUUGUGCUUUGCAAAUGCUAAUUGAAAUAAUCACGUGCUGCCAGUAUGGUUGUCCAUCAGCAGAAGCUAAUAAAAUCAAUUGAAAACCUGUUAUGUUUAAAAAAUAAUUCAAGAUAUAUUACAUAUACCCCACUUCCCUAAAAAAAUAUCUAGAAUAAAUAGAAAGAUAUAACAUGUUUCUGAAUGGGGAAAAUAUUGUAGGACUGUUGAGUCUCCUCACAUUAAACUAUAAAAAAAAUACUAACCAAGUAUUAAUUCGGCAGAAUUUUUGUUCCACAGAGUGAUUGUAAAGUUUAUUUUGUAGUGGUAACAUGUUAAAAUAGCUAUAAACACUUUUAAAAGCAAGGGUUAAAAUGGUAACCUUGCUAUACUAGUAAAAUAGUAUAGGACUUGAUAUCCCUGGGACAGAAAUGAUUAUAAUUAGACCUAGGUGUUUAUAAGAACUUAGCAUAUCAUAAAUCAUCACUUCAAGUGUGGAAAGAGAAUAGCUAAUUCACUAUUUACAUAUGUAUCAUGUAGCUGUAUUAAGUAUAUAAAUAUAUACUGAAUAUUAUGUAAAUAUAGUAUGGGACUAUUUAAAAAGGUGUGGUCAGAGUUUAGGGAAACUACAAUAAAUACAUGGAUGUUUCAUCCCUAGGCCUGAAGAGGAAGAGGAAGGAGCAAUUAUCAGAAACUAGAAGGAAAAAGUCAUGUAGACAGGGCAUUCUGGUAAGAGUUAUAACCUUAGACCUAGGAAAGCCGUCAGUCUAAAUCAACCUUCCAGUCUCCUGUAAGGAUUUCCCACCGGCCAAACCCAGUCAAAGCCAGAAGCAAAGGAGCCCAUUGACGUCCAUUCAGGUCAGUCUCCCAGAGUGGAGAAGGGAAGAGAGUGGAUCUAGAAAGGCAAAUAGAAGAUAACUGAUACAGCAUCCAGGCUGAUCUGAUCUGAUAAGGGACUUUUAGUGAAUCUCAUUCCUCCUGGAUAUAUCUAUGAUUUACAUCCUUGGAAAUCCAACUCUCCUUUUUGGAUUGAUUUCUGUCCCCUAUUUGGUUAUCCACAGCAUAAGUGGAAGCAAUUUUUUUUAAGUAUAUGCUCAUCCCACUUGUCACUGCUUGGUUGACCAGCAGUAUCAAUACCUUUUGAGAUUUGUUAGAAAUACCAAUUAUUUGACCCUACCCAAGACUUAAUUAAGCAGAAAGUCUGGGGGAGGGGCAGCAGUUUGUGUUUUAAUAAGUAAUUCUGAUGCAUGAUAAAGUUUGAGAACCUCUCAGUAGGGUUUUUUUUCCCCCUUCAGAUUUGAGCCAAUUAUUUUUCCAUUAUCAACAGAGUCUAAUUUCUAGCCAAUCUGUAUUGGUAUCAUUUACCUUCUUUUUUCUGCAGACUACCAGAAAUGAGGAAAUACUUUUGUCCAAGAGAUAGUAUUUGGGUAAAAAAAAAAAACAAUAAAACCCCCGUAAGAGCAAUUUACAAUACUGCACAUUUUUGACACCAAGAUAGGACUUAAAAAUGCCUCAGGUAAGAGUAGAUACAGCAUAUUUAGAGAAAAAAAAUUAAGUAUUGAUGAAAAUAGUCAAAAAAAAGCAGUAUAGCUUGGUAGUUAACCACUGUUAUUGUAAAUUCAAACAGAUUUCUGAGUUUGAAUCUCAGCCAUUCUAGCUGUGCGACAUUCAAAAAAUUACUUAACAUCUCUGUCUCAGUUUCCUUAUAUAUAAAAUGGGAUAAUAGUACCUACCUCAUGAGGCUGUUUGAAGACUAAAUGAGAUUAAAUAUGUAAAGCUCUUAGCACAUAAGAAGCAGUUAAUAAAUAAUAGCUUUUAAUAAAGAACUACAAAAUGUACCAAAGUAAAAAGAUGUGUACAAUAAAAGUAAAUUAUUAAAAAAAAAAAAAAAACUCUAGAAAAAAAUCUUUGCAGGACAUAUGAUUGAGAAUA